AGGUAGUAUAUUUCAUCUGAACAAGUAAUGCCAUGACCAUGAAGUCAAAUUCUGGUGUCAAGAGGAAAUGUGUGGACGAUUUAGAAGGACGUCCUGUGAAGAGAAGCUCUCCAUCCCAUAAAACUCCUAAGGAAUGCAAAGAGGAAAGAAGGAAAAUUCUGAGAAUGUCCAUACAAAAACUUCGACAUAUGGAGGACUGUGGAUACUUUCUUACCCGAUCAGUGUUGAUAAACAAUACACUCAAAAAGCUUCAAAAAGAAAUUUGUGAGGAAAUACAGUUUCGAGAUUGCAUAUACGGAUAUGACUAUGAUGUGCUCAAUAAAAGUUUUGUAGCACCACCGGAUUCUGAUUUCGAAGAUCUUUUUUUUCCUUCGGAUGAUUCUGACAAAAUGAUUACGGACCCAUUGACUGAAAUGUUAGUGAAUGGUGGAGGCAAGGAUCAAACGGACUCCCCGCGGGCGGAUCCCAUAAAGGGCGUGUCGGACUGUGCUCUACUGGAAUCUAACUCACUCUGUGUGGAUCAUGAGACACUUGGUGACGUUGACACUAUGUCUGCGAGUAAUUCCUUCGGUGAAUGGCAUAUGGUCUCAGAUAUCUUCUCAGACAUCUUCACAGACAUGGACUUUUUGAAUAAUAUGAUUCAUGCUUUAGAUGAGACGUAGUGAAUGUCAAACUGGUAAAUACCUGCGUGAAAAUAUUUCGACAAUUUGUGUGUAAAGCAGCUCACUGUCAUUGUUUAUGAUUUUGAGAGAAAACAUGUG